GCCUCAUUCAAAAGGUCAAGCAUUGUGGGCGGAUCUGCAAACUGUCCAAAAGUUUGUAAACUUUACUUCAAGAAGCAGUGUUGUGCUGGGUGAUAAUCAUGAAUAUUUGGAUAGUUCUUUCGUUGUGUAUCGUAGCUGUGUCGCCGGCUGAUGACGGGCCGUGCUUUGAGUUCAGUGGAAACAGUUCUUAUCUGGAGUUUGAACCCGAAAACUUUGAUCUGUAUGACAGCGCUCACUACAAACUGAGCUUCAAGACCACCCAGCAGAACGGCAUCCUCCUGUAUGCCCGCGGCUCCCACGACUACGAGGCCAUCUACAUCCGCGGCGGCAAGCUCAUCUACGACCUCUACAACCCCACGUCAGGCGGCGCCGGGGGCACGUUCGGGGUGCACUUUGAGAGCAAUGGUCUCGUUAACAACGACAGAUGGGUUUCGGUGGAGGUGUUCCGUAACCGCCGCGUCCGCCGAGGGGCCGCCAGGAUGCCCGGGCAGCAGCCCCCAUUGAUGUCUGGCCUCGUUCUGGAGUCCGAUGGCGAAGAGGAGGAGCAUGUGCAGGAAGUGACGUUAGUCGGGGUUCACAUCCAAGGUCUCGUGUAUGUCGGCGGCGCUGGACGAGAUCUGAGCCCGACAGUCCGAGAGUUUAAAGGGAAGAUCAGCGACAUAUGGGAACUAAAGAAUGACAAGCGUUUUGAAGACCCCUCCCGUAACAGCGGAGUGACCCGUUGCUUGCCCAACAGAGGCUCCGAAUGAGGCGUCGCUACUACAGCACUGUGCGGAGUUUUUUGCCUGGUUGGGGAUUUCGAUUCUCAACAUGCAUUAUUUUACCGACUUGCUUCGGAGUUUCAUUGAUGGUGUUAAAUCAGUAUGAGUUCAAAGUAUCGCCUUUAAUCGUAGUUAAUAAACUCUAGCUAAGUUAUUUCCGAGAAAGGAAGGGGAAUUCAUCGACUGGUACUGUGUUUCAUUCGCAGGUAUCAGAUAAAUUGUUUUCGAAACACACUGAAUUCCAUAGGGUUUUAAAUGCUGUCGGACGGACAAAAUUCGAUAAAUGUUAUUGAUUCAAACCAUAUUGGCUUUGUAUACAAAUAUCGUUGGUUUCUGUUUCUCGGGAUUUAACAUGUGCAGUUGUUUAUCAAAUUGACUUUUUUAACAUAAGGGUCGGGGUUAAUGAGAUUUCACUGUAUAACUGUCUACAUUUCUUUUUGUCUGCAUUUUAUCAGUUAAAUGUCCGUGUUUAAAUGUUUUACCACGGAGUCGGAUGCAUGACGCUGUUAGCAUCGGAAGUUGAAGUGUUAACGCAACAAUCAAAGGGAGGGAACUCAGUACGCAUUAAUGACCCGAAGACAACAUAAUUGCGAAGUGAACAUUUUGUACAGAUUUUACUCCUCUUCAAAUACUCUGCAUCCUGAUAGCUAAAUUCAUAAUUCUCAUUUACUCAAAGUCAAUUUUAUUCGGAUUCUGCACAUUUACUGAUAUCUUAAUAUUGAUGUAUGAUUAAAUAAAAAUAUGACUUGGAAUAAGUUUGAUCAAUCGUCGAAAUGUACACAACAAAAUUAAUUGGUGAAGGGGCUUUGUUAUUUCAAAUAAAUUGUAUUCCACUUCAAAAUAACAAAUAUAUUAAGUGGGCAAAUACAUUACUUUCAAGUAAGUAGACACGAUAAAAUUAAUGAUGGGAGUCUUGUAUGCAUUAUUUGAAAUAAAAAAAAAUUGAAAGUA